UAUUAAACGCAUUUAAAAUGCCGGAAUCAUCAUUUGGUGCUGAUGUGGGUAAACAACCUGGCCUGGAAAUUUGGCGGAUUAAGAAUUUCGCACCAGUUCCAUACGACAAAAAGUCGUAUGGGAAAUUCUACAGUGGAGAUUCUUACAUUGUUCUGAGCACCCGCCUGUCCGGUAACAAACUGAAACGUGACAUUCACUUUUGGCUCGGGAAAGACACUUCUCAGAUGUAUGAUGAAAUGGGUGCAGCGGCAAUUUUCGCUGUUGAGUUAGACGAUCAUCUUGGUGGAGUUCCUGUUCAACAUCGAGAAGUUCACGAAUAUGAAUCGUCGAUGUUUCUGGCAAAUUUCCCUGGGGGUGUACGAUACCUUGACGGCGGAGUUACCAGCGGUUUUAAGCACGUUGAUCCCGAUCAAGUGGAGAAGAAACUUUUGCAAGUGAAAGGCAAACGAAACGUUCGCGUCCGACAGGUUCCCCUUGAUGUGUCCUCAAUGAACAAAGGUGACUGCUUCGUUUUGGACGCUGGAAAGGUCGUUUACGUGUACAUGGGCAAUGGCAGCAAAAAGGUAGAACGCUUGAAGGCUAUUCAAGCUGCCAAUCAAGUCCGUGACCAGGACCAUGCUGGCAAAGCCAGGAUUGUUAUUCUCGAUGAAUUUAGUAGCGCGGGUGAUAUUACCACGUUUUUCAAACAGUUAGGUAGUGGUUCGCCGAUGGAUGGUCCGGAAGGGUCUAACGAGGAUGAUGAUAUCUUAUUUGAACAGCAACAACAGGCAGGCAUUCAAUUAUCGUCAGCGAUAUUGUUCCGCGUGAGCGAUGCUAGCGGUCAACUAGUGAUUGAGGAAAUUAAGCAAAAACCAUUGCAGUAAUCUAUGUUGAAAAGAGAGGAUUGCUUUAUUCUCGAUACUGGAGGAUCGGGACUCUUUGUUUGGAUCGGCCGAGGGUGUACUAAAGCUGAGAAACUUGAAGCGAUGAACGUGGCUCAAAGGUUCUUGACCGAAAAGGGUUAUCCAAUUUGGACUAAGGUUAACCGCGUCGUGGACGGCGGAGAACCCACGAUCUUUAAGCAAUACUUUGCCAGCUGGAGAGAAGAAAAUACAAUAUCCCAAUUCCCUGUCCCUGUACCCACUAAAAAUGGUCGCAUCAAGUUCCUUUCGCUUUUCUUUCUUCUUGUUUUGCAGAAAAACCAAAAUCACUCAAUGUCGGACGGUCAGACUUUAAUCGAAAAAUCCAGAAGUGAAAUGUCGACAUAA